AUGUUUUGUCUCACUGUUUUGGUUAGUGCAGGCAGGGCUAGUUCUGACUUGAUCAAGCUUUUGACUCCAACCAAAAAAAUAAAAAAAAUAAAAAUGGAGGGUGACACAUUCUCUGGUCUCGGCAACGGUACCCAGAUUGAUAACAAGAUUUUGCAAACAUUUAAGAAAAGCUUUGUUCAAGUCCAGGACAUCUUGGAUCAGAACCGGGUACUCAUCAAUGAGAUAAACCAGAAUCACGAGUCCAAGGUCCCUGACAACCUCAGCAGAAACGUUGGCCUUAUUAGGGAGCUCAACAACAACAUCAGAAGAGUGGUUGACCUUUAUGCGGAUCUUUCAAGCUCCUUUACCAAAUCCAUGGAGGUUUCUUCCGAAGGAGAUUCCAGUGGUGCUGUGAAAUCUGACGGCAAAGCAGGUCACAAGCGACACAGGCCUCUUUAG